AUCAGUAUCAGUCAGUCGAUUAGAGUUUGUCAUUGAGUUUAGUUUGCUUCACUUUCCAAAUUGUUUUGUUUACGUGCUAAUCGUACUUUAUGACGAUAAUUUUUAUCAACUAUAAUUAUUUUACAUGAAAAAUGUGUGAUAUAAACGACAACUCUUUAAAGUUGAGUGUCAAAUGGAAUGGAAAGGAAUAUGAAAUACCGGAGUUUUCGCCUUCCGAUUCGGUGGCUAUGCUCAAAAUCGCCAUCGAAAAUGCCACCGGAGUACGUCCAGAAAGACAAAAAUUGCUAAACGUUAAAUUUCAAGGCAAAGUUGCGACAGAUAACUGCACACUAUCAGAGUUGAACUUGAAGCCAAAUUUGAAAAUUAUGAUGAUGGGGUCCUUGGAAGAAGCAAUUGAAGGGGCUAGAACAAAGCCGGAUGUAGGUGAUGAAGUUGUAAAUGAUUUGGAUAUUGAAGAAGAGGAAGUUGAUGUUGAAAAUCAGGAGAUAUACCUAGCCAAAAUCAACAAAAGGGUUAAAGAUUAUAAAAUAAACAUUUUAAAUGAACCCAGGCCUGGAAAGAAACUGCUUGUAUUAGAUAUAGAUUACACUUUAUUCGACCAUAGAUCUGUUGCAGAGACAGGGUACGAACUUAUGCGACCAUUCUUACACGAGUUUCUAACAUCGGCAUAUGAAGACUACGACAUAGUAAUAUGGUCAGCGACGGGGAUGAAAUGGAUAGAAGAGAAAAUGAGAUUGUUAGGGGUGUCCACGCAUCAGGAUUACAAGAUCAUGUUUUAUUUAGACUAUUUGGCAAUGAUCACUGUACAUACAGCCAAAUAUGGAACCAUUGAUGUCAAACCUCUAGGUGUAAUAUGGGGCAAAUAUACUCAAUACAGUUCUAAAAACACAAUAAUGUUCGACGACAUUAGAAGAAACUUCAUAAUGAAUCCAAAAAGUGGCUUAAAAAUCCGUCCCUUCAGGCAAGCACACUUGAACAGGGAUAGAGACAGGGAAUUACUACACCUGUCUACCUACUUAAGGGAUAUAGCGCAAUACUGUGAUGAUUUCGACCAAUUAAACCAUAAAAAGUGGGAGAAAUACAAGCCGGAUAAAAAAACGCAACAGGCCGGCAGCAAAAGGAAAGCGGAAGACAGUGCUCCGUCAACACCAAAUGAAUGACGCCAAUAAUAUGUAUAUGUAAUAUGUACAAACCGACAAAGGCGCCUAAUGGUAUAAAGAAAGUCACAAUUCCAAAUACGAGAAACUUAAAGGCUCUCUAUUAACGGAUUCAUAAGCAAACAACAAUAAACUUAAUGCUCUUAUUUGUAAGAACUAAAACUGCCUGUAUAUCCAUUUUAAACUAACAGUUUCUUUCAUAAUAUAUAGUUUGAAAAGAAAGAAACAAAAAUAAAAUAAGUAGUUUAUCUGUAUACCGCUAUUUCAUCUGUAUUUUUAAAAUAAAAGAUAGCCUAUGUUUCCUCAUAUCCAGUCUAUCUUUACGUCAAAUUUCAUUAAGAUCCGUUCAGCCUUUUACUAGUAUAAUGUAAAAAUACACAAAUAUUUUUGUAUUUAUAGUAUGAUAUAAAUAAGUAUAGGGAAAUUGAGUUUUUUUAUUCCUUUUUAAAUAAUUUGCAAUAUUUGAAAUUUAUUAUAGGAUUUAUCGUAUCGUAAUUUGAAAAUAUAUAAAUAAUAUAUUAGGAUUUGUUUAUAUUUAUUGUAUUAUGUAAAUUCAGUAAUUAAAUUCCAUUACUAGUAUAU